AUGACAGAUGAAGUAAAGAACCCAGAAAGAAACAUGCCAAAGGGUACAAUUAGCGCCAUUCUAUUGGCAGGGUUAACUGGAAUUAUCUUUAUCAUUCCUAUACUUACCAUAUUACCAGAGCUUACAUUAUUACUAGACGAAACUCCGGAAAUCAUGCCAAUUGACUUGAUAUUUAAGUUUGCUACAGAAUCGUAUUUAAUAUCAUUUUUGUUGGUGCUUCUUUUGGUCGGAACUGUAUUCUUUCAGGCCAUUGCUGCAUUAACGACUGCUUCUAGAACAACUUAUGCAUUUGCUCGUGAUGGGGGUUUACCGUUUAAAAACUAUUGGGUCGAAGUCAACUCCAUUGAAGAAUCUAUUAUUCCAAAAAAUGCAUUAUUUUUAUCAAUGAGUGUUUGUGGAGCAUUGUCUCUUUUGUCCUUGUUUUCUUCAUCUGCAUUCAAUGCAUUUAUGGGGUCGUCAGUCAUUUCUCUUGCAUUAGCAAAUGGAAUACCUAUUCUUUGCUUGAUGCUAAAUAAAAGAAAGAAGAUUCACGGUGCUGCAUUCCGCUUAAAAGGAUUUGGAUGGCUUGUCAACGGUCUAUCCAUUUUUUGGGUGGUUCUACUGUUCAUAAUUCUAUGCUUACCACCCGUCAUUAAGAACCUUACUUGGUUUACAAUGAACUAUGCCAUAGUUGUCAUCCUUGGUUUCGUGGGAUUUGCUAGUUUAGGUUAUAGAAUAUGGGGAAUUGGUAGCUUUGAAGGGCCUCAAAUAGACUACGACUAUUUUGAGCUCCAAGAGUUAGGUAAUAAGAAUACACCAUUUUCGGUAGAUGAUUCAUUUAUUCAGGGCAUUGACGAUGAAAACAACGACGACGAUGCAAUUACUGGAUCUUCCGACGCUCAGUCAAACGUUACCAAACCAAGAGGCUUUGAGGAUUAG